CACCGCCCAAGCGGACGAAUGGGGUUUUUCAUCAAUUGAAUAGUUCCCCUGAGUCAAUUAUCCAUCUUCAACUACACAUUAAAAUAAUAAUGAGGACCAACUGUCUCCCCAUGUCUCCCAUAACCCCCUCUUUUGACCCCUUCUUUUUUUUGCUUCUUCUCCUACUCUUUUCAUGCUCCUUGGAUGGGCCACUUACAAAUAAAACAAAGCAGCAUGCAUGUACAAAAAAAAAAAAAGUCAAAAUAAUAGGGCUACAGUUUCAUUCGACAAUAUUGCAAUUACAAGACGACGUUGGAGCAGAAGGAGAACUGCGAAUGGGAAAUCCUCUUCCCAUUCCAUGUCACAGAACUCUUCUGCGAGCAAAACAACGUCAGGCUUCUUCUCUAUUAUUUCUUUUCCUCUUCUCCGUGAACAGAACUUCACGCAGUUACUGUGCUAAGUUCGUGUGUAAUACAUUUUGGAUAUAUUCAAUCUAUCAACGAUCGUUCGCAUCCAUUGCUCAUCCACACUCUGGAACUCUAUCUUUCGCAAGUCAUCCUGGUGUGACUAGGCCUUCUAUUCAGUAUCAUUUUCAGCAGCAACACCAAAUAGGUCCACUAUUAGCGGACAGAUCAGGCUCAGCAGGAAUAAACUUUGGAGUAGCGCUCUCACCAAGAGCUACACCAAGUGUACUGUCGCAUGGUCAACAAGAACAUAUAUCUGAUGCUCCUGAUAAUGGGAGAUCAGGUAGCCUGUUAAGCAGAUCGCCCUCCUCUGCACCAUCAGUGAAGACACCCUCAAGUCCUCGGCCAUCGACUUCGUCCCCACUAUCUGCUCAGCCAAGGGUCUCUUUAAGUUUGUCGACCCCUUCCAGCCCUAUCCAAUCAUCCUUUUCUUCACCUGAACUUCCAAAACUGUCAUCAUCAUCAUCAUUUGCUUCGCUUCAUGAAGCACAUGAACGAAAUACUACUCCAGUAUCAACGGCGACCUUAGGAGCAUCAUUAAAUACAGAUCAGUCAGCAAAGUCUCUUUUAUCUCCGGACAAAGGAACUCUGCCAUUAUCAGUUGACACAACAGCACUACCACCAACUGUACCAAAGAGUAAUAGCUCCCUUUACAUACGACAGAAUACCAAAUCUAUUCCAGCUGGUGGAGUACAUCAGAAAUAUCCACAAUCCCGUCACUCUCCUCAACAGCGUCCACAAAAAACCAAUUCCUCAUUGAGCACAUUAGCUAAUAUCGACCACAAUGGCAAAUUUACGUACCCACAAAUCGGAGAAGGAGUGAUUGAUCCUACUAAUGACACAUCAAUGAUGUCCAUCAACGUGCGGUAUGUAUCAAAAGACCUAUGGGUUCGUGUCGAGGUCCCGAAGGAUUCUCCUGUCCAUAGAGCUCGCGAUCUCAUUUUGGAGAGAUGCCAGUACAUUAUUACUCCACCCUCGGCACCUUCGUCACUUACAGGAACUUCGAUUGCGGAUGAAGACGCGACACGUAUGCUGGGAAAAGAGGAGGUAGCGUCUAUACAGGGCCAGAAAAUUGAUGAGUUUGACCAAAAGGAAGUUUCGCGCUCAGGAACAGUUACCACUACCAAAGUAGUCAGUCAAACCGUUGGUAAGAUGCCGUUAACACGACCACGAAGCAAAAGUGCGCGGGCUACGGUUACUAGUAACGACACUCCAUUAUGCCAUAUGGACCAAUCACCGGAAGAAAGUUCUUUAAAGAUUAAUAAUAGCAAGAACUCCAAUGACAACGCGCGUCAUUCUUGUACUUCACUGGACAGCGAGGGCAGUAAACUGACUGGUGCUGCAACACUUAUGGAACGCCUUGGCAUGUUCGAAGAUAGUAUUCACGGUUUUGGCGAUGAGUUAGCUCGAUGUAAUUACGCUAAGGUUAUCGCUUCUCAAAAGCCGCCAAAUUAUCACAAAAAAAAUGAUGGAAUUACUGGGCCAAGCAACCAACAGCGCGCUAACCAGCCGAUUCAUCAGAGCAAAGCGCAGCAAUUAAGGCGUUUGCUAUCAAAUUCUUCCAUUCAAAGCGAAGAAAGUAACAUACAUGGGACCAAACCUCCUGACCAUGUGAGCCGUGACGCAAGUACACCAAAUCGUAUCUCUGGAUGGACACAUUUAAGGGAUCGGCAUAACAGCUACCCUGGCAAGAAUAUUGAACGAAGCGUAGCCAGCCAAGACGAUAUGUUGGUUGAGUGUACAAAGCAUCGUCAGAGUGAGGCUUCAAAAGUGGAUUAUGAGACCUGGAAGCACUCCUUUGGACUCUUCUGGGUGGCUGCUGGUCAUUGGCUCGAUGAUUCCAGGACAAUCAGCUCUUAUAAGCUGAAUUCUCAGGAUCUACUCGAGCUACAGCUACGUAACCAUUACAUCGAGCUCCCACCGCCAGGCGGUAAUCUUAGUUAUUAUGACCACUAUGCUGAGGGCACUUUGUUCAAGCUUUCUAAAAAAAGUAGACCAGCUAGCGUACUUACAAAUCAUGGUGGACGAGAACCGACUGGUGUUUGGAAAGAACGCUGGGUUGUGUUGCAAGGGUCCAAAUUGUUGAUUUAUCACAAGCGGAAGGAUUCAAACAAAAAAAUUAUUGAGUUACCACUGCCUCUAAAUAUAACGACAAAGACAUUGCCGCCAAAUUCGCGUCAUUUGUUCAAGAAUCUGACGUCCUCAGCAACGAACAUGUCUACCACCAUGAUUGCGCUGAACAUCCCUCCGGGCCCUGAGCUUUGUUUCCGUGGCCCCAAUGAGCAUGAAAUUAAUCAUUGGACACGAAUAUUCAAUUCCCUAAAUAACGAGGCAUCCCCAUUGAACCUGCCCAUGUAUAUUCAGGGUACAGAGCCCAUGUCACUAAACUCUAACUCUAAUCAACUGGAGAGCUCAUCCACUCUACCAAGCAUUUUUUCUGGUUAUCCAUCUGAGCGCAAAAGGAACCACACGAUCAACAACGGCAUAUCCUUCAGUCAUGCAACCGCGACCAUGCCAUCCAUCGACCCAGUACUUAUUUCCAAUGCGGCAGCAGCCAUAUCAAAUCUAAAUGGUGGAGGUAGUAACAACCCAUCAAGGGCACUCAACAGCCAUUACAGGAACAUGAGCCAUAGUAAUCAUGUAGACGGACGAGAUUCCAACUCGGCCUCGCCGCAUCAUCAUUCAGUCCUCCCAGGAGCCUGUGCAGCACCCAGUUCAUCGAUAAAAGAGGACAUUCGGAGAAGAGCUAUCACAGAGCCCAAUCGACCCCGUUCAAUGAACUCUCAAGUCACUUUUCAAUACCAACCAGCAAGAGCAAGAGGGCUCGACACGGACAACAGCGGCUCGCUUCGGACGCUCGAUGUCACGAACACUCCUGAAAUCCCCUUUCAAUUAACCUCGCCAUCUGAUGGCAAGAAGCGACGACCAAUCCUCGGGACUGAGUACCUUGAUAAUGCGAGCCAAAUCCUCCUGGCUACCUCUAGUGCACGCUCAUCUACUGCACCCCUUUACUCAGGUUACAUUUGGAUUUACUUACCUGAUGCAAUGAACGAGAAUAAUAGCGCAUCUCAUGAAACCGAGGAAGAAUCUAUUAAAACACCUGAUCAGCCAUCCGUGCACGUAAAUGGACGCAUGAGUAAUCCACCUUUACCGGCUUUGCCAUUGCCUUCAGCAUUACCAUCGUCAUCAGCGCCCAGCUCCAGAGACUCGAAAAGGUCAAAAAUAGAUGAUGAAGAAGUAGAAGUCGGUCACCUAAACGACAGGUCAGGGCGAUAUGUCAAAUGUUUUGCGGCGAUAAGCGACCAAGGACAUUUCCAAUGGGUAGAGGUUAAAAAGCAGACGAGCCUUGAGAAUGCAGAGCGCGAACUAAAGGCUCAACUCAGAACUGGGUCUUCCUCAUUGUCGCGGCGAGUAAGCUAUAGUAUUGAUCUUAGAUAUUCUCAGCGAGAUCUAUCGGCAAGUCAUCUGCAGCAGGGGUGCCCGUCAGCGGGUUUUGGCCGAGCGCCAGAACCAGAGCCGUUAUCGAAGUCGCCCCAUGAGGCACCCAGGAGACCACCCAUUCCCACGGCCGUGCAGGUAUCGAUGGCGGAACGGAUACAUAUGUAUUUCUUUUGCAUUAAAAUUCCUCCCUCCGUACUGAAAGGGGCGCUUUCGAAUAUUGCUGUUGAGACAUCACCCUCGCCGCCGUCUCAGCACACUUCUACCCCUUUAUCAUCCUCACCAUUGCCUGACUCUUCUACCGCCGCCAGCGCAACAAACAAUACCACUAAAGUUGCAAAUAAGAUCAGGCACCGCUUUUCUUCUUCACUUUCGACAUUGACUACAUCAGCAGCAUUACCUCCACUUCCAGGCAUGAAAUCACAGUCAUUAUCAGGAUCUAUCUCAAAAUCAGGCUUCAAAAACAUGGCUUGGUCGAGCAUGACCUCGCCACAGGACAAAGAACCAAGCGUAGCCCAAGCGCAACCCAAACAACUUUCUUUACACCCUGUAAGCUCUGCGCCACAGUCAUCUGGAGACAAUGUUGAUCCUGCUCGAUCAAUCACCCACAAGGAUUCCAUGGCUUCGUUCUCAUCUACACACCACAGUACAGCAGCUUAUCAACAGCAACCUUGGCCUACAACUCCAACGAUGGAAUCAGAGUCCACAGCACAGGGUCACGCAGAUCGGGGGCAAAUAUGGGGUCUCCUAAACCAAAGCUCACAUUACCAGAGGCCAUGAUGGCUAACCAGUCCGCAUUGCCGGCCUCAGCAGCCAUGCUGGAGCAUUCAAGA